AUGGCAGGAAAAAUUUAUAUUAACACUAACAUUAUCCAUGGAUUGCUUUUGUUAUCAAUUUUGAGGUUUUGUCAAAUGGAAGGCAACCUAAACAAUCAACAAUGCGUUAAUUAUGAUGAGAAGUGUAUCCUUCAAAGUCUACAGCCAUGUUGUAACGAAAGUUUAUCAUGUAACUAUAAAUCGUCACAAAACAGCUAUACUUGUGGACCAAAAAGAAAAUUGAGCAGCCAAUGCAAAGUUGACGAAGAUUGCGGUACAAUAGUUCACGCGAAAUGUUCAUCAGAAUCAAAAUGCGUGUGCAGAGAAAAAAACAUUGAGUUUAAUGAAACAUCCUGUAUGCCUUUGUUGGGCGGAUUUUGUUGGAAGAAUGAAACAUGCGCGACUGAUAAUGCAAUUUGUGUUAAUAGUCAGUGUCAAUGCAGAGAUUACUACAAAGAAAACGGCAAAUUUUGUUUUCCAAGUGCUUGCACCUGUCAACCAAAUACUUUCCCUGUGGAAGACGCUUGUGUGCCUCAAUUGGACGUACACUGUAACCUGGAUACCGAUUGCAGAGUCAAGAACUCCAAGUGCAUAUACAAUACGUGCCAAUGCAAGGAAAAUUUUAUCUUUAGGUCCUCAGAAUGCGUACCAAAACAUUUAUUCGAAUCCUGUGAAAACGACGCAGAUUGCGAUCUAAUAUCCCUCGCAACGUGCUCGAUAGAAAAAAAAUGUGAAUGUAAGCAGAACUUUAUUGCGAUUGAUCAUGGAACAUGUAAGCCGCUACUGGGAGAAGCUUGUGCUGAUGAUGAGGAUUGCCAGGCUUUGAAUUCCGAGUGCGAUGAUAAUAAGUGUGUGUGUCGGGAAGACUACAUGCAGGAAUCAAUCAACUCGUGUAUACCAACACAUCUAGGCCAGUUUUGCCGAGAAGAUAAUAAUUGCAACCAAAUAAAGAACGCGGAGUGCUAUAAUCGGGAGUGUGCUUGCAAAUCAGGUUAUGUUAAUACUGAUUCGAUGACUUGUUUACUUUCGCUGGGGCGUCAAUGCACCAAAUUUUCAGAUUGUGCUCCUAAUAAUGCUAUCUGUUACGGUGGAAUAUGUGAAUGUGAUGAAUACUUCAUUAGUAAAUCUGAUGACAAAUGUUUGCCAACGCUUCUGCAGAAAAAAUGCCGGUAUCUUGAUGACUGUCGCAAUAUACAGUUUUCGUUUUGUGCACAAAAUAAUCUAUGUGCUUGCUCGUUCAAUUAUGUGGCUGUUAAUGGGACCGAGUGUAAGCCUCUUCUCAGAGGAGAGUGUAACAACACUACACUUUUAGGGGAAGUUUGCCAAGAAAAUGGAGACUGUUUUGUCACAAAUUCAAUUUGUAUUGAUAAGAAAUGUCAAUGCAAGCCGAAUUGUUUACAAUCCUCGAAUUCUAGAUGUGACCUAAUUGUGUUAGGACGAUCAUGUACAAAGCACGAUCAAUGCAAUGUGACACGAAAUUCAAUAUGCGUAUCAAAUGUAUGUAUCUGCCGUAGCAACCAUUUUGCAUACAAUGAAAUUUUCUGUAUACCUGUUCUGGACCAAGUUUGCUCGAAAAACAGUCAAUGUUCUGGUGAUUUCUUCCAUUGUUCGAAUAACAAGUGUCAAUGCAGACCUGGAUUCACUGCCGUAUCUGUUGAUAAAUGUGUAAGAACUAUUAGUCUGUUCUCGUGCCGUGACGAGACGGAGUGCAGCGACAUCUGGCACUCGACAUGCUCAACAGAAAAGUGUGUAUGCAAAAGUAACAAUAUUGCAGUCGGCAACUCAACAUGUCUUCCUAUUUUGCGCGGAUAUUGUUGGAGAGAUGAUCAAUGCAAAGCUGACAACUCGGCUUGCAUUAACUAUUGGUGUGAAUGUAAGCCUGGUUUUGUAGAAGUUGCAAUGAAUUCUUGCGCACCUAUUAUUUUAUUAUAA